GUCUUAAUUGGGGUACCUUGACAGUGCUGACAGCAGUCUUUAGCUCACUGUCCAAUAAUACUUUCUAGUUAGUGCGCAGUUAGCGUGCAUAGGUCUGUUGCAGAUUACGGAUGGUGUCCCGCAAGACGACGUACUAACCGAAUAACCCGCCGAGCGCAUCCAUUUUCCACCGCGUAUAACCUUUCAUAUACAGCGACCGACACAAAAUGUCCAAAUUCGGAGUCCUGGUCAUGGGCCCGGCAGGCGCCGGCAAGUCGACCUUUUGCAGUGCCCUCAUCCAGCAUCUGCAGACCACGCGCCGAAGUUGCUUCUAUGUGAAUCUCGACCCGGCCGCCGAAAGCUUCAACUACGAGCCCGAUCUGGACAUCCGCGAGCUGAUCACAUUGGAAGAUGUGAUGGAGGAGAUGGAGCUGGGUCCCAAUGGCGGGCUCAUCUAUUGUUUUGAAUUCCUCCUGCAGAACCUGGACUUUUUGUCACAGGCGCUGGACCCGCUGAGCGAAGAGUACCUGAUCAUCUUUGACAUGCCGGGUCAGAUCGAGCUCUACACGCAUAUCCCACUGCUGCCGUCGCUUGUGCAGUACCUUUCGCGACAGGGGCCGCUGAAUAUCAAUCUGUGUGCGGCGUAUCUACUCGAGAGUACGUUUGUCAUAGACAAGGCCAAGUUUUUCGCGGGCACGCUGAGCGCCAUGUCUGCGAUGCUGAUGCUGGAGAUGCCGCAUGUGAAUAUUCUGAGCAAAAUGGAUCAGGUGCGGGAUAUGGUGUCGCGGAAGGAGCUCAAGCGAUUCGUCAACGUCGAUGUGAAUCUAUUACAAGACGAGGUCGGGGAUGCAGAAGAGACAGCCGAGGGAGACCCCAGUUCCAAGGAUACUCUGCUGAGCGGGGGAUCAUUCAAACGGUUGAACCGGGCCGUGGGGCAGUUGAUUGACGAUUUCAGCAUGGUGUCUUUUCUGAAGCUAGACGUUCAGGAUGAGGACAGCGUGGCCGCGGUGUUGAGCCAUAUCGACGACGCCAUCCAGUAUCAUGAGGCGCAGGAGCCGCGGGAGCCAAACGACGAGCAGGAUGUGAACUACGAGGAUGCCGAUAUCUGAUCUUCUCUCGUCCACUCAAGACAUAAACCAUACGACCUUUACCAUACGACACGGAAAAACCACCGACGUAUAGACGUCUUCACUUCGUCAGGCCAUGUGCGUAUCACCGUCGAAUCGUAUCAGGCAUCGCAUCAGGCAAAGCCUCCGCCACAUUAAGCCAAGGCAGCGAGAACAGAGCACAGCUCAGGAACCAGACCAGAGACGGUACAUACCGCGUCGCGCCAGCGCAUACACAAUAGCUACAACCAAAAAUGAAAUGACAUGACAUGGAA